UUCCGCCCUGUCACACUCUACGUCUGGUACAGCAAGACAGUCAGGAUGGCAGGCCGUCGUGUAGCCCUGAAGGCCGUUGACUGGGUUGCAUUCGCUGAGCGGGUCCCCCCCAACCAGCGGGGCAUGUUCAACGCACUGAAGACUCGCAGUGAUGGCAUCGCUGCCAAGCUAAACUCCCUGCCAGAGACUCCUGCAGCCAUUGACUGGAGUUACUACAAGACUGCAGUGGCCAAAGCCGGGAUGGUUGACGACUUUGAGAAGAAGUUCAAAGCCCUGAAGAUCCCUGAGCCUGUUGACACACAGACAAGUGCCAUCAGUGCACAGGAGGCUGAAUCUAACAAAGGUGCAUCAGCCUACAUUGAAAAAUCUAAGGCCCGCAUUGCUCAGUAUGAGGAAGAGUUGGCUAAGUUUAAGAACAUGAUCCCCUUCGACCAGAUGACCAUUGAGGACCUUAACAAUGCCUUCCCUGAGACCAAGUUGGACAAGGUCAAAUACCCCUACUGGCCCCACAAGCCCAUUGCAGAUCUGUAAUCCUAUAACAGGACAUUCACCUCACAAUAAAAAUUAUGUAUUUUAAAGACAA